AGCUCCUCCCCUGGGGUGUAGAACAGGAAGAGGUGGAGGUCAGAGGGAGCUGCUGGAGCUCCUUGUGUGUGUAUGUAUGUAGUUACCGUUACCAUUUGACUAUGUGUGUGUCUUAUAUUACAGCAAUGCUGCACAUCAGCGGCCAGAGAGAGGGGAGGAAAAGCCUGUUUACACAGACUGCAAACCGCCUGGGGAAUAAUGCAGGAAAGGAAGUGAGCCGGCUCUCUGUCUGACUGCUCCAACUUCCUGCUCUCACACACACAUACACACCAACCAAGAAGAAAAAAAAAAAAAAAAAAAAAAAAGAGAGAAAAAAAUCAGGAUCUCAUUACAAGAGCAACAGAGCGCUUGCAGAAGACUGUCAGCAUGGAAAACCAGGGGAUUUUACCCAGCUUCCUUUAAACGACAAGGAGAGACUGGAAAAGUCCACCAGGCUCUGGGUAUGGAGAGUGCAAUCACACUGUGGCAGUUCCUAUUGCAAUUGCUGCUGGAUCAGAAACAUGAGCACCUGAUCUGUUGGACAUCCAACGAUGGGGAAUUCAAGCUACUCAAAGCAGAAGAGGUGGCCAAGCUGUGGGGACUCAGAAAAAACAAAACUAAUAUGAAUUAUGACAAGCUGAGCAGAGCACUCCGAUAUUAUUAUGACAAGAACAUCAUCAAGAAAGUGAUUGGACAGAAGUUUGUGUAUAAAUUUGUCUCCUUUCCUGAGAUUUUGAAAAUGGAUCCUCAUGCUGUGGAAAUCAGCAGAGAGAGCCUCUUGCUGCAGGACAGUGAGUGUAAGAUGCUUUCCGAGGGCAGAGACCAGCACAAGCACAAUGUGUCAGCUCUGAAAAGCACAAGCCGUAAUGAAUAUAUCCAUUCUGGUCUGUACUCUUCUUUCACCAUCAACUCCCUGCAGAACCAGCCAGACACUCACAAGCCAAUUAAAACAGAAAAACUGGAGGAGAAGUCGGAAGGAAACAUACCAGUGGAAGAAGUCAGGACUGUUAUAAGAUUUGUGACAAACAAAACAGACAAGCAAGUGAUGAGGCCCAUUGUGUCAUUGCCAUCGACGUCCGAAGCAGCAGCUGGCUCUGCUUUUCUCACCUCUUCAGUGUCAGCUAAAAUAUCUUCUUUAAUGUUGCCUACCACAGCCAGCAUUUCAUCUACUACUUCUCCAUCUUCAUCACGGUCCCCAUCUCUGUCUCCUCACUCACCCCUCCCUUCAGAUCACAGGAGCCUCUUUCUUGAGUCCAGUUGCCAUGACUCAGAUUCUCUUGAGCCUCUGAACCUCUCUUCAGGUUCCAAGACAAAAUUUCCAUCUCUUCCCCCAAAGGCUAAAAAACCCAAAGGCUUGGAAAUCUCAGCACCGCCCAUGGUUCUUUCCAGCACUGAUAUUGGUUCCAUCGCCCUCAACAGCCCAGCACUUCCUUCGGGAUCCCUAACUCCAGCUUUCUUUACUGCACAGACCCCAAAUGGAUUACUGUUGACCCCAAGUCCACUGCUGUCUAGCAUUCAUUUUUGGAGCAGCCUUAGUCCUGUAGCUCCUUUGAGUCCUGCCAGGCUGCAAGGACCAAACACCUUGUUCCAGUUUCCAUCUUUGCUAAAUGGUCACAUACCAGUACCAAUCCCCAGUUUGGAUGGGGCCUCUUCUCCAGUACUGCUUUCUCCAAAUGCUCAGAAAUCCUGAUGAUGUCUCAUCACGUUAAGGACUCAUUAACUGAUUUUAAUACAUUCAUUCCCAUGGGUUAGUUUUUCCUGUGUCAUGAGAAGGACAUUGUGAAACCCUCCAUUUUUUUGGUUUGCACUUUUCAUUACAUGGAUCUACUUUUAUUAUGUUAGCAUUUUUAAACUGUGUUUUUAUAUAUAUAAAAAUCUGUUUUGCAUUAAGUGAAUUAUAAUUUUGUUUAUCAUAGCUCUCAAGUGUUGAACACUGUUGUUGAUGAAGUACUUUUCUUAAUGGAUUUCAACAAUGUAUCUAAUAAGGAUGUGAAGCUUUUUUUAUCCCUUUUUUCUGCAUAUUAUGCAUUGUGCUUGUGUAAAGUAUAACCGGCUGUGCCUUCUUUUGCAUAAUGUUAUGCAAAUGAUUUAUAUAUUUUCUAGUAUUAAGAUAAAGGUUGAAAGACAAAACUAGUAUUGAACAGCCCUAUGGUAGUAUUUCAGUAUUUUUUCCACAGAUAGGCCAUAAUGAUGCAGUGUAUUCAUGUAACUUUGUAUUAAGUGCUUCCAAAUUGUAUAAAAAAUAGCUGUAUGAUUUUUCUUUGCUGAAUUGAAAGAACAUAAUAAAUGUUAUGUCCAGGAAAUGCA